CUCACUACACUCUGUUCGCUAGAUAAUAGAAGUUUACGGAGUAGGCAGUAGAUCUAGACCCAAGGUAGAUAUUAAAAUUAAACCACUAUUCUUCAUUUCCAUCCUACGGUGACACUCGGUGGUAGUUUGGUGAUGUUUUCUACCGAGUCACGUGGUCACGAUGCUCACAAGAAGGGGAUUGUAGUCAAGCUUCCGGAGGCCAUUCGGUUUACCAAAGAUUUGGGAGGCCACCCUGGGGCGAGCGUUGGUCGGAGAUCUAUCGGGAGCAUCAACUCUUGGUCGAGUAGUGGGUUCAGGCAAAGCCCCGUCGUGCCACGACUAGGUAGCGGCUCCGAGGGCACAUCUAUUCUGGGAAGGCCUUCAUUAGAGCCCGGGAAACGGGUAUCUCCUGCCCUGCUUGCGAAGGAGGUGACCCACAGGCACCCCAGGUUGGGGAGUCCACGACCUUCGGGCUCGGCUUUGCCUAUGUCAGUGCCAACGAGUGGUUCCCGAGCUCAGCAACUAGAAGAUGUCGUCGGGAUCGACUACGAGGGUCGCUUAGAGAUGAGCGAUUCAUUUUCAUGUUAAGCUUUUUACUUUUUGGUGAGCGCCUGGGUUGGUAAUUUUGACUCUAACCGCUGUUUAUUAAUGAUGGAGAUGGUGAAACAGUCCGUGUCUACACACGUCCUCAUGUUGGCCGCAGCGAAGAGGACAAGAGAGUCUACCAAGGCGAUGAGUGAGUAUGAUGACAACUUCUUUUCUACAAGUUCCACGACAUCAGUGCCGUAAGUGAGCGCAUAUGGUGUGUCUCCGAUGAUUGUCUUGUAUGUGGUACGGUGAGCCCACAAAACAUGUGAGAGUUCUUCCACGCACUUUCCUUUGGCGUCAUCCAGUUACGUUUUCAGCCCCCACGAAAUGAUUUUGUUGGCUGACUCUACUUGACCGAUGACCUGAGGUUAGGAGACAGAUGUGUAUCGACAGAGAAUACCAUACUAAGCACAGUACGCUUGGAGAUCCUGACUUUUGAAUCAUGUUCCUUGGUCUAGCAGAAUGGUGUGAGGGAGGCUAAACCGACAAAUGAUGUGAGUCCACAGAAAUUUCAAAACUUGUUGGGUAGUCAUGCCGGUUAGAGCAUCAGCCUCUAUCCAUUUGGUGAAAUACUCGAUAACGAUCAUUAGAUACUUUUUUCUUCCCCAAUUCUGUUCUAAAAACUCUAAAUCCCUAAUCCUAUUUCUAAAUACCUAAUUUCUCAAUCUCAUCCCCUAAAUUUUCUAUCUUUGCGAGUAACAUAUGUGCUUAACAUAAGUUUCUAGAAACUCUAGAGCGGGUUCGAACAGAUUUUGAUGUCUAUAUAUAGCCAGCUUAUGUUAUCAUUAUGUACUUGUUUGUUUGUAGACUAUGUUUAAUUGUUUAUUUGAAUUCAAUCUAUAUAUAGUUUAAUUAAUAGUGAGAUGAGGAAACAACAAUACCAUUUCGAAAUCCCUGCCUCCAGAAGAGUUUUGCGGAGGAGCUUUUUGGGGAGACGGGAAAAUAAUUAAACUCCCGAGACGGUCUUUGAUGGAAGGGUUUGAAUUAAUUGAAGGGUAAAUACAAUAUAAUAACCAAACCUUUCAUUUUUAACAAAAUAAUAGUUUUUCG